AUGUGCAAGCGUUGCAGACCGGAUCGCAAGUACUUGGCUGUACUUGAUCCCAAGCACGGUGCCUACCGCCCUCGAAGUGGAAUUUCGGACGGCUGGGUGCCCGCACGCGUCCAUGCCGACCAACAGCCGAAUGUGCACGGUGGCGAUGUGAAGGUGGAGUAUUCCUGGCCAUACUUCUUCACGCAGAGAGGCCACAUGGCCGACAGCGGCACUGGCUGGACGGAGUGGUUUCCGUCCCAGUACGUGAAGAGACGGACAGGCAGCAGCCGCAAGCAGAGCCUCGUCGAUGCUGGCUCGGAGCCGGAACUCGCCAUCCUCACCUUCCGCUGGGGGGGCUUGAACGAGAUCGUCGCUCCGGCGCAGUGGGGAGAGACAGGCAGCUCAGUCUCGGACAUAUUCAUCGAUGCGUACUGCGACCACUUUCAGCAGUACUUAUCGACCGAGUACGAGGUUUGGACGGUCUACAUCGAGGACAAGUCAGAUAUGAUCAAGGUCGCUGAUGCUGCCCACCUCAUCUUCGGCAACCAUCAUCCCAUGCGCCGAGCCAAGAAGGUCUGCGCGAUGUACCACCUCUACCCCACGGGCUUCGAAGAGCACUGCGUGCCAAACAGCGAGACUGGCGGUGAUGGCGGCGCUGCGUUGGUUGAUCAGAAGGCCUUCUUCCAGAUGAUGCAAGCCGUUGAGCGAGCGGGAAUCCCAAGUCGUUUCCCGCACGACUCCGGCUUCUACGAGAUUUUGGCCUCCAAGAGGUGGACUUACUACAUGGCAUUGGUACCGCACCUAAACCUGCCCGCAACGGUGGCGCUUCCGCGCAUGCUUAUAGAGCAGAACGGAGGCGACUGUGAAAAGGCCGCGGAGUGGGCCUUUCAAAGUUUGGAAAAGGUGCGGCAGAAGCAACGGUCCCUCCGCGGUGAGGCAGCCUCGGAGGGAGGCAUCACAAAGGGAGUUGCCAAGCUCGGCUUCUCCUGGGAGGCCCUGGACGUGAAGUACUGGGAAGGACAAGAUGGUUUGGAGACGGCCCUGUCACAGCUGACACAGGCCAUCGAAAUCAGUGAUGAGUACACCGGGCAGCCUCACAACUUGGAGGCAUUGAUCGUGCAAGAGUUUGUCGAGCACGACUUGGAGCUGCGACUCUAUGUUGUGAAUGGCGAGAUCGAGACGACCAUUUACACGAAGUUCUGCAAAAUCAAGCCCAACAACGAGUUUGGCGACUUCAAGGAGCACUUCUCCCUUGAGGAUGCUGCGGAGUGGAUGGGCGGAGAUGUGGCGACACUGAAGGACGGUGAGCGGCAGUGCAGGGAGAUCACGGCCCACUGGAUGGACUGGGUUUCUCUGCAGACCUGCCAGACUCCGCCAGGUAUCCGCUUCGACUACUUCGUGGGACGCACGGGCGAGCCCGGAAAGGCCAAAGUGAGAACACUGGAGAUCUGUGAGCUGGGCUUCAGCAUGCUGGGCAAGAAGGGAUUGCCCGCCAAAGUCUUCACGGCCAUGCUCCGCGCGUGCAUGGAGCUGAGUGACCUAGAGGCGCAGCCAGAGGUCGAGGCCGGGAUCUUUGAGGGUUAA